CGGGCGGGCGCGGCCAUGGGCUCCGCGGCGCUGCUGGUGCUGGCGGCGCUGGCCGUGCCGCUGGCGGCGGCCGCGGGCGUCCCGGAGGGGCGCAGCCUGCGGGGGAGCUGGUGGCUGCGCAGCGGGAACGGCUCGGUGUCGCUCCGAGCCGAGGUGCCGGGCUGCGUCCACACCGCGCUGCUCCGCCGCGGCCUCAUCCAGGAUCCGUACUAUAGAUUCAAUGAUGUGAUGUACAGAUGGAUCUCACUAGAUAACUGGACUUACAGCAGGACAUUUAAAACUCCUUUUGACGUCAGAAAGUGGCAGAAAGUGAAUUUGGUUUUCGAGGGAGUAGAUACAGUAGCACAGAUCCUGCUCAACAAUGUCACUGUGGGGAGAACAGACAACAUGUUUAACAGAUAUAGCUUUGAUAUCACCAGCGUGAUCAAGGAGGUCAAUUUUGUUGAAGUCCGUUUCUUGUCGGCUGUUUCCUAUGCAGCAGAGCAGAGCAGGUGUCACAAAGCUUACAGCAUCCCCCCGGCCUGCCCUCCACCCGAGCAGAAAGGAGAAUGCCAUGUCAAUUUUAUCAGAAAGGAGCAGUGUUCAUUUAGUUGGGACUGGGGCCCUUCUUUUCCCACUCAAGGAAUCUGGAAAGAUGUUAGGAUUGAGGCCUAUAACCAUUACCACCUGAUUUACUUUUCUGUAACUCCUUUCUUUGUAAAGAGUGCGCAGCAGUGGUGUCUUGAAAUUGAGUCUAUUUUUGAUGUAGUCAGCUCUAAGCCAAUUGCAGGUCGUGUGACAGUGAACAUUCCAAAAUUGCAAACACAGCAAACAUUCAGUGUGAAGCUUCAACCUGGAGAAGGCAGCAUUGUGCUGCUUGUAAACAUCAACAAGACUUCUGCAGUAGAGGCUUGGUGGCCAAAUGGACAUGGAAAGCAAACUGGAUACAACAUGAAAACAACUUUUAUCAUGGAGGCAGGAUACCAGAUUGAGAAAUUUUCAAAGGCUUAUUUUCGGACAGUAGAACUUGUUCAGGAGCCUAUUCCUGGCUCACCAGGUCUGAGUUUCUACUUCAGAAUCAAUGGCCGACCCAUUUUUCUGAAGGGCUCGAACUGGAUUCCUGCAGAUUCUUUCCAGGACAGGGUGACCUAUGACACAUUAAGGCUACUCUUGAAGUCUGCAGCAGAUGCUAACAUGAAUGCACUUCGGGUUUGGGGAGGAGGAGUAUAUGAACAAGAUGAAUUUUACGAUAUUUGUGAUGAAAUAGGAAUAAUGAUUUGGCAGGAUUUUAUGUUUGCUUGUGCACUUUAUCCAACUGACCAGGAUUACUUAGCAUCUGUGAGAGCAGAAGUUCUUCAUCAGGUACGACGUUUAAAAUCUCAUCCAUCAAUUAUUCUGUGGAGUGGUAACAAUGAAAAUGAAGCAGCAAUUUCAAGCAACUGGUUCUCCAUACCUCGUGCCCAAAGAGAAAUCUAUAUCAGAGACUACCUCAUGCUUUAUGUGAAGAACAUACGAGAGAUAGUUCUUAGUGAAGAUAGGAGUCGUCCUUUUAUUGCAUCCAGUCCCACCAAUGGCUUGGAGUCAGUUAAAGAAGGUUGGAUCUCCCAGAAUCCUUAUGAUACCCAUUAUGGUGACACUCACUUUUAUGACUACAACAAUGACUGCUGGAACUGGACAAUGUAUCCUAAAACUCGUUUUGCUUCAGAAUAUGGAUUCCAGUCCUGGCCUUCCUUCAGUACAAUCGAGAAGGUUUCUUCUGCUGAAGACUGGUCCUACAUAAGCAAUUUUUCUCUCCAUCGGCAACACCACGGCAGUGGCAACGUUCAGAUGCUUCAAGAAGUUGGGUAUCAUUUCAAGCUUCCCCAGAGCACAGAUCCUGUAAAGAGGUUCAAAGAUACAAUUUACCUCACUCAGGUGAUGCAGGCUCAGUGUACAAAGACAGAAACUGAAUUCUAUCGUGCUAGUCAAAGUGAAAUAACCAAGGGAGAAGGACACACAAUGGGAGCUCUGUACUGGCAACUCAAUGACAUUUGGCAGGCACCUUCAUGGGCCUCCUUGGAGUAUGGUGGUAAGUGGAAACUGCUCCAUUAUUUUGCUCAGAACUUCUUUGCACCACUGCUGCCUGUGGCCUAUGAAGACCAAGGUGUGUUGUACAUUUAUGGUGUCUCAGAUCUUCAUGUGGACCAGAAGCUGACUUUGAGGGUCGUUGUGCACACCUGGAGUUCUUUGGAGCCAGUAUGUACCCUUGCCAAAGAAGGUGUGAUUGUUAAAGCACAAAGUGCUGUCACCAUCUACAAGGAGUCCAUAAGUGAUGUUCUGGAAAGAUGCAGGAAUUGUACCAGGAAAAGCUGUGUUAUUACUUUCUGUCUUGUGGGAGAAGAUGGCCUCCAGAGUCCUACGAACCAUUUCUUCCUUUCAUCACUAAAGGAUGCUGUAGGAUUAGAAAAGACCCAGCUUAGUGCCUCUGUAUCCAAACAAGAUGAUAAUUAUAUAUUUGUUCUUCAGACCACUGCAAUUGCUCCUUUUGUUUCUCUGGAUGUGGGGAGUAUAAAAGGCAGAUUUAGUGAUAAUGGUUUCCUCAUGACUGAAAAGAAGAAAGUGGUUGUGUUUUAUCCUUGGGAACCUACCAGUGUGGAAGAACUAGAAAAUUCACUAACCUUGACCUCUCUGUUGGAUGUUGUCUGAAAAUACCUCGUUUCCUUCUAGAUAAACAGUGAAAUAGGAGGAGAAGAAAAAUUAAAACAGUCUGACUGAAGUUGAAGUGAAAUAUAAUUUGAGCCAACUGGAGAACAUGCUGUCUGUUCCUGUCAUGUGUGAAUUUUAACUGUUGGUUCAAUGUAAAGAUACCAACAGCAAAGUUUACAUAUAAUAUGUUUACAUAAUAUAUGUGGUGUCUUGAAAGUACAUCCAUAGUUUUUCUAGUUUCACUGUGCUGUAAGUGGAUUAGGGUAACAGCAAGGUAUGCUGGGGAGUAGGGGAAGGGCAGGGAUGAAGCUGGGACCACUGCCACAAGUAUUCCUUCACUUCAGGUUGUUUGAUCUAUCUACACCCAGAUCAGGAGGGCACUAGUCCUACCCUUUCAGAUCUGUGACUGUCAUCCCUUAGGUGUCCUGUCCACCUCCUGCAAAGCAUGAAACCUGGGCUGUCGAGUCAGGUGUCAGGCAGAUCUGUUUCCCCUUCUGGAAGAGGAAUUCAGUACAAGACAUGUUGUCUGCUCUCUUUUUAUGCAAAAUAAGCAACAGCCUUUGAGAGCUCUGCAUUUAGGUUUGACUAUGCCCAGAGAGCUGCAGGUGCAGUCACAAACCUUUUGCUGCUGUGUGUAUCCCACAUAAUGUGACAUGUGAGAAAAGGAGCAGGGAGAAGAGUUAACCAAAGCUGCCAAGAGAAAGGAGGCAGUACAGAGAAGAAAUGGUCACAUAAGAGAACCACAGAGGUACAAGUGACUGUUUUUUCUCUAGUAAAUGCAGAGUGCAGGGGCUACUGAUCUCACUGGGAUACUGCUGCACAGCCAUUCCUCAUGAGUAACCCUAUGCUCCACACUGAUCCUCCUCUCUUUUCAACAAAGAAAAACCUCAACAUUUUCCUUUCAAUGGUUCCCCAUAGAAGACACACUUGACUCGUUAUUACAUCUAGUGGCACAUUGAACUCCUUAGUGUAUACAAAGUAAUGGUGGUUCACCUUACGUUCUGUUUCCACCUGCGUUGUUUUUAAAAUGUUUAGGUUUCUCAUAGAAAUGUCAUCUCACUUUGGCGUUUGAUACAAAGAAAAUAAGCUUGCUUCAGCAUGGUGGAGUGCUGUGGCCUGUGGAGCUGAAAGCCUGAGGGUUUGGCUGUCAGGAAAUCAAGGCUACUGAGCCACUCUGUGGGCAGGUUGCUAAACAGUGGGCUUGUCCAUCAGGUGUGGUUUGAAAUGCAUCUGGGAUCUUGCUGGGUUUCUGCAAGUAUCCCCUCACAGUCCAAUCAAAUAUUAAUUUUCUUUCAAAACAGAAUCAGCACCACAAUAGGUGAUGUUUGAACAAGCUCUGCCAGUGAUGUCCAUCUGUGUUGUAAAAGCACCACGUAGGUGAUAUUUGCCGGUGAUGUGGGGGGUCUCGAGCUCACGUGGGGCUGUUCCACUCGACACUUAGAGACCUUGAACUGAGGGUUUGUUUUCUUGCAGUGAUCACAGUUUUAAUGGGCAGAGAGAUGAGCACGUUGACCGAUCCUUGGUGAUCUCUAGUGCUCUUGAAUUGGGUGUUAACAAAAAACUGACAUACUCCUGAGCAAGAUAAAGAACUUAAGGAUGAAAGGGAAAUGAUAAAUGGAAGUUGCUUACGAAUUCUUUAUUAGGUCAGCAAAACAACUAACUGCAUUUGCAUUGGAGGCUUUUUCCGAUUCAGAACUUGUUCUAGCGAAAAGAAGACAUGAAAACAAUCAAAAUAUGGAGAUGUAUGUGCCAAUGUUUAUAGGUUAUGCAAAAUAAAUAGAGAAAAUGACAGUCAUGGGUAAAACUUAACAGGUAGAAAAUGCAGAUAUUGAUGAAGGAAUUAAAAGUUAUCUGAAAGGCAUCCUGUGCCAAUACAAAAAAAAUUCUUCAGUUUUUUUGGUAUCCUGGCAUCAAAGUGAAAUCAAAGCAGCAAUGGUGUCUUUCAUCAAAGCAGCAAUGGCGUCAUAAGGUAAGGAUGAAAAAAUGUGGAGAAAAUAUGAUUAAUAAAUACUGCAGUGUAUUAGAAAAAGGACUGGUUUUGUUGAUGUCUUUCUCUUAUGUUGAUGGAGAAAUGUAUUUUCCAGCAAUAUCUAGAUGGCACUUAAUAGUGUUAAAUAAAUCAAGCUUUGAUAGAGUCACUUGUUUAAAGACAGUCAAGAGGAUUGUCUGGAGGUCAGUGAUAUUUGUUCUUGGUGCAUUUCAGCAUAUGAGUGAAGUUUGAGAUAUAUAGAGAAGAGCUUUUGGAUCACUAGAAGCUACAAACCAUGAAUUUGGAUAACUGUGACCUUGUUUAGCCUGUCACAAAUUUUGGGCAAAAUCGUGAAAGAAAUGAUGUGAUACGUGAUUAAUAAAUGGUGAAGUGGCUGUGCAACGAAUGUCUACCAGCACAGUUAUGCAGAAUAGCAUUCUUUUAUGUUUUUUCCCCUGUUGCUUUCUGCAGUUACCAGAUUGACAUGAAAAGGUUCAGGCAAUUUUUUUGAUUGCUGUUUUUGAAGGUCAGGAGCUCCCUAGGGAGCAGGUCCAUUCUUUCUCACUGGAGAGCUUUGAUUCAGCACUAGAAGCUGUUAUGAAAGAUUAGCAGUUGCUAAAGCCAAAUGCUUGAGCUCAAAACAGAAUUUAAUGGGGGAGGUUCACUUCCAUUAUUAUCUUAAUAUUCUUAAUACAUCCUUUUGAUUUCCUGGUGUUGUAGUAGGUGUGUAUUUAUAGAAGCUGUUUUCUCCCCCAUGAGCAGUGGCUGUAACAUGUGCUUUGGUUAACCAUUUCCCCUUGGUAUUUUUGCAGUUGCAUAUUGUGCUAUACUUGGUUACAUUGUUCUGCUCUUGUCUCAGAUCAGGGCAAAGACAGCAGUGGAAGUGAAGAGAUCUUCAGGGUACCCAGCACUCGUAUCAACAGAUCCAUCUGUAGCCACCUGAGUGUGUUGCAGCUCCUGGGCAGCACCUGUAUUGCCAGUUCUGUCUGAUGGGCAGGGGUUCAGGAGAAAGAGCACUGGGAGGAGCAUAUGCUGUAGGAAUCUUUUGAAGCCAGCAAACAUCUGGAGUGCGUCUUUGGUGGUUACUUUAGGACUGCUCUGUUGCAAGGGGUGAUCAUCCAGAAGAGCCAAAAGCUGUGGACCGUGGGAGUGACACCCAGGUUGCUGAAGACUGAACUGAGCCAAGAGCAACCCUGUCAAAUCUCCAUGUUUGUGCCAUGAAAACUGGCUACAAAUUUCUUUCUGAGACAAAUACUUGAACAAUUUUCAUCUAGUAAGUGAACCUGAAAUACAAACAAGUCAGCAGCAGCCAUCACCUGCGCAUGAUCCACAAAAGGAGUGCCUGAAGGGCACUGGAGGGAUCAGUAUCCAAGCUGAAGGCCUAGCAAAUAUCUAUGACGAGAAAAUCAUGCUGCAGUAAAAUAUUUCUGAAACAGCUAAGCAGCUGAGGCAUUGUGUGUGAGGAAAUAUAAAAUCUAUCAGGAGCCCAAGGUGGGGAGGGAGGGAGAAUUGAAAACAACAUCUUAAAGCUCUUCCUAGUUCAUUGUCAAUUUUACCUGUC